AUCAAGAUGGCUAGCAUUUCACCAUCCACAUUUGCCUCCGAACAAAAAAAACAAAAAUGCAAUACUACGGAGGAAAUACCCAAGGAGAAUAUGCUGACGGGUAAGGCUCUGGAAAAUUGACUAAUGGAUAACUUUUCUCUCCUCUUAACUCUUUCCUCUUUCCUCUUUCACCUUGAAAAACUAAUAAAAAUAUGUCGAUAUCAGAAAACACCACCGCUAUCGUAGUCACAGCAGUUGCUGGUGUUCUUAUAGCCCCUAUACUUUUCAAAAUUACUGUCGCUAGCCUUGGCUUUAGCCCUAAUGGGAUCGUAGCUGGAACCCCAGCUGCUGGAAUGAUGUCUUUUUGGGGAGGUGCAGUCACUGCUGGCUCUAUCUGUGCAGUUCUUCAAUCCAUUGGCGCAGGUGGACUAGGAGUAACUGGAACGGCUAUUUCUGGCGUGGCAGGAGGUGCUCUAGCUGUAGGGACCACAGCAAUAGUUAGAACUCUUUUUGAAGCCCGUGCAAUAGGCGGAGCAGGACUCGAUAAAGCUAAAGCCUCCUUAUACAGAGCAACCUCAAUGGCUUCCGAGAUCGAUGAGGCAAAAGUUGCAGCUUUAACUUCUGAAGCCAGUGCAGUAGGAGUAGCAGGAUUCGAACAAGCUAAAGCCUCCUUAUACAGAGCAGCUUCAAUGGCCUCCGAAAUCGAUGCAGCAAAAAUUGCAGCUUCAGUAGCUUCUGAGGCCAAUGUAGUAGGAGCUAAAGGAUUCGGUAAGGCCAAGGCCUUAUUCAGAGCAGCAACAGGAAAGGAGUGAUAUGCCG